AUGUUCUUCAUACCUGCACUCAUCGUGCUGCUCGCGCUUGUACUCUAUUGGAGCAAGCUUUCCCGCAAAACCAGUGCCCAGUUGUUCGGCAGAGAUAUUCCCGGUCCCCGGUCUUAUCCGCUCAUCGGUUCGGCCCAUCUAUUCUUGGGCUCAGACGAGCGAACCUUCAGUGUGAUAAAUGAGCUGUUCCGCAAAUACGGUAGCUUUUUCAAACUAUCGCUCGGCCCCAAGACGUUCUUGUGUCUGUCCGAUCCGGAUCUUAUUCAGCAAGCGCUCACAUCGAGCGCCUGUCAGGAUAAAGCGUUUUUCUACCGUUUUAUGGAGCUCGACUAUGGAUUGAUUUCGUCUCGCUAUACCGAUUGGAAGCUGUACCGAAAGUCGCUUAAUCCUGCCUUUAACCAACGCAUCCUUAUCAGUUUCAUAUCGAUCUUCAAUCGAUGCUCGGAAGUAAUGGUAGCACGCAUGGCAAAGGAGGCAGAUCGUAGACAACCGUUCGAUGUACUUCAUUACACCGCUCAGUGCGCGCUGGAGAUGGUAUUCGCUAGCUCCCUUAAGAGCGACAUUACGGACGAUGCGCAGCUGCAAGAGGCUUGCGAAGCUAUCCAAAAUAUGUGCACCAUCAUGAGUAGCCGUAUGUUUAAUGUGCUGCUUUACAGUGACCUGCUGUUUACGUUAACGCAUAAGUACCAUGAGCUACAGAAGAUGAAGGUAAAAGUGGAACGAGUGGUAAAUCCGAUUUUGUACGGAAGAAGAGAGAAACUUUCCAAGCAACGAUUGGAAAAUGCACACUCAGAGGACGAGGAGCAUUACCGGAAGCCGAUGGUUUUUCUUGAUCAGUUGCUGCACAUGCAGCGAGGUGGUCAAGACUUGGAAAUCCAGGAGAUUGAAAACCAUCUCAACAACAUCAUUGCAGCGGGCAGUGAUACGACAGCCAGCCAAGUUGCAUUCAUUCUGUUGAUGCUUGCAAUGCAUCCCAAGGUGCAAGAUCGGGUCCACGAAGAAAUCGUCUCCAUCUACGGUAGUGCCGCCCCGGACUUUUCGUACGAAACCAUUUCGGCUCAAACGUAUCUCGACCAGGUGAUCAAAGAAACGAUGCGAAUGUAUCCUGUGGGUCCAAUCAUCGGGCGGCAAACGAUCGAGACGGUGAAGCUGGGCGAUGUGAUCGUCCCACCCGGGGUAACGCUGCUCAUCAACAUUCUAACAGUGCAUCGCAACAAGGAGCUGUGGGGUGACCGAGCGCAUAUGUUCGAUCCGGAUCGAUUCGAUCCUGCACAGUACGAUGCCAAGAAGCAACAUCCCUUCAGCUAUAUUCCAUUCGGUGGAGGGCCCCGAAACUGCAUCGGCUAUCGGUACGGGAUGCUUGCCAUGAAAAUCAUGGUAACACAGGUACUUCGCAAAUAUCAACUGUCCACACCGCUCACGCCAAGCGAUUCAUUAAGACCCUUCUUCGCGAUAACACUCAAGAUUGGUACAGGCCACAGUAUAUGCGUAAAGCGUAGAACAAAUGAACGGGUCUACGAAGAAAUCGUCUCUAUCUACGGUAGUGCCGCCUCGGACCUUUCGUACGAAACCAUUUCGGCUCAAACGUAUCUCGAGCAGGUUAUCAAAGAAACGAUGCGAGUGUAUCCUGUGGCUCCACUUAUCGGACGGGAAACGAUCGAGACGGUGAAACUGGGCGAUGUGAUCGUCCCACCCGGGGUAACGCUGCUCAUCAACAUUCUAACAGUGCAUCGCAACAAGGAGCUGUGGGGUGAGCGGGCGCAUGUGUUCGAUCCGGAUCGAUUCGAUCCUGCACAGUACGAUGCCAAGAAGCAACAUCCCUUCAGCUAUAUUCCAUUCGGUGGAGGGCCCCGAAACUGCAUCGGCUACAGGUACGGGAUGUUUGCCAUGAAAAUCAUGGUAACGCAGGUACUUCGCAAAUACCAACUGUCCACACCGCUCACGCCAACCGACUCAUUGAGACUGUCCUUCGCGGUAACGCUCAAGGUUGCAUCCGAAAUUAGUUUGUGGCUGUCGGUCGGACGAGAAGGAGCGAAAAUGUUCUUCAUACCUGCACUCAUCCUACUGCUCGGGCUUGUACUCUAUUGGAGCAAGCUCUCCCGCAAAACCAGUGCCCAGUUGUUUGGCAAAGAUAUUCCCGGUCCCCGGUCUUAUCCGCUCAUCGGUUCAGCCCAUCUGUUCUUGGGCUCGGACGAGCAUACCUUCAGUGUGGUGAAUGAGCUGUUCCGCAAAUACGGUCGCCUUUUCAAACUAUCGCUCGGCCCCAAGACGGUCCUGUGUCUGUCCGAUCCGGAUCUUAUUCAACAAGCGCUCACAUCGAGCGCCUGUCAGGAUAAAGCGUUUUUCUACCGCUUUCUCGAGCUCGACUAUGGAUUGAUUUCGUCUCGCUAUACCGAUUGGAAGCUGUACCGAAAGUCGCUUAAUCCUGCUUUUAACCAACGCAUCCUUAUCAGUUUCAUAUCGAUCUUCAAUCGAUGCUCGGAAGUAAUGGUAGCACGCAUGGCAAAGGAGGCAGAUCGUAGACAACCGUUCGAUGUGCUUCAUUAUACCACUCAGUGCACACUCGAGAUGGUGUGCGCUAGCUCCCUCAAGAGCGACAUUACGGACGAUCCGCAAGCACGUGAGGCUUGCGGAGCUAUCGAGAAGAUGUGCGCCAUUAUGAGCAGCCGUCUGUUUAAUGUGCUGCUUUACAGUGACCUGUUGUUUACGUUAACGCAAAGGUACCGCGAGAUGCAGAAGGUGAGGGUUAACCUGGAACAUGUAGUAAAUCCGAUUUUAUACGGAAAACGAGAGAGACUUUCCAAGCAACGAUUGGAUAACGCACACUCAGAGGACGAGGAGCAUUACCGGAAGCCGAUGGUUUUUCUUGACCAGUUGCUGCACACGCAGCGAGGUGGUCGAGACUUGGAAAUGCAGGAGAUUGAAAACCAUCUUUACACAAUUAUUGGAGCGGGCAGUGAAACAACAGCCAACCAGGUCGCUUUCAUUCUGCUGAUGAUCGCAAUGCAUCCUGAGGUACAAGAUCGGGUCCACGAAGAAAUCGUCUCCAUCUACGGUAGAGCCGCCCCGGACUUUUCGUACGAAACCAUUUCGGCUCAAACGUAUCUCGAGCAGGUGAUCAAAGAAACGAUGCGAGUGUAUCCUGUGGCUCCACUUAUCGGACGGGAAACGAUCGAGACGGUGAAGCUGAGCGAUGUGAUCGUCCCACCCGGGGUAACGCUGCUCAUCAACAUCCUUACCUUGCAUCGCAACAAGGAGCUGUGGGGUGAGCGGGCGCAUGUGUUCGAUCCGGAUCGAUUCGAUCCUGCACAAUACGAUGCCAAGAAGCAACAUCCCUUCAGCUACAUUCCGUUUGGUGGAGGUCCCCGAAACUGCAUCGGCUAUCGGUACGGGAUGUUUGCCAUGAAAAUCAUGGUAACGCAGGUACUUCGCAAAUACCAACUGUCCACACCGCUCACGCCAACCGACUCAUUGAGACUGUCCUUCGCGGUAACGCUCAAGUGCUUGCCAUAA